GGUAUUAGUGUCUAAAUAUUGUUAUUUAAUUUAUUUGCUUCUGUAUUAAACGUGAAAUAGAAAGAAAUUCGUUUCAAUGUUUUCCAUAUUCUAAUUAUCGUUUCGGUACGAUUCCUAUAUUACUGUGAUAAAUUACUCGAAUCCCAUAGGUUUAGAAUUAUUGAGUCGAAAUUACACAUUUAACUCCUCUAAAUAUUCCAACAUAUACGUGUACAUAUAUAUUUGCCACUAAUUUAUAUGGAGUUGUAUAUAUUUUACGCAGUACGGAGUAACAUCCAUUAAGCUGCAAAAUCAAUUAAUUUCUGUGUUGACUAUCAAUGAAGAAAUUUUAUACCAACGCGGUUCAAAGGGCGAUCUAGCCUGCGAUCGGUAUCGAUGAAAAUUUCAAUCCCCUGCCGGAGGGCUAAUAACUCGUGCCACAAAUACGUGAUCGUCAGGAAGUAUACAGACUUCAUCCCUACGUUACACCCAUCGAGAUGCUCAUCGAUUAUCGAUAACAGCUUAUCUCGGGCUACCGACUAUCGUUUGUUUAACCGAGGCGCGAAGACAAACAAUUAUCUUUAAGCAUCCGUGAAUCAGCGGAUUUGCAGUGCAUCGCAUUUAAAAUCUUUCUAAAUUCCACGGAAAUACAAAUAUACGAGGCUCUUGAGGUUUUCGAUAUCGGAAAGUGAGAUCACGCCGGAUUAAAAAUAAAACUGAUGAGAUCUUUCAACUCGUCAAUUACUUAAUGUACAAAUAAAGAUUCAUGUUUUUCAAAUAUCACAUCUAUUGGAUAUAAUAUUUCAAAAGUUUCAAAUUAAAAAAUGUAGAAUUUAAAUCCCGGUACUUCGGUGUCGGAAUAUUACUCCAAUUUCAACAAUUACGUAAACGCAACGUUUUGCGUUUUUAGGCACAAAAAUAUACCAUUGUAUCCCAAUCAUUUGAUGCAUUCACAUUAAUUAAUUCGGUGCUUUCUUUAAUAUGAUAAUCGAUAAGAGAUUGUAUAUCAUGAGAUGCUCCGAUCUAUAUUUGUCGAAUACUAAAAGUAACAGCCAUUGAUAAAUUAGUAUGUUUCUACGGGAUUAAUCAGAGUGUGUUAUCGUCCCCGCUGAAUCUCUAUUCGCAUGAUACUAUCGUCAGUCUGUGAUCACGCACGUGCGUGAGCUCUGCCAUUCAAUUUUGCAAAGUGCCUAUCCUGGCAGAGAAAUACUAUUUCGCAUCAAUUUCUUUCCAUUUCACGCUAAAGAACAAAUCACAACACUCGUGAUCAUUUUUUCUACACCGAGAAAAAAGUCUUUGCAAAAUUUAUUUGCGGCAUAUAAUGUUCGUUUCAGUGAAAUAAUUCGCGUGAAAAAUUUCGGUGAAACUUUCAAAGACUUUUUCCUCAGGGUAGAGAAAAGAUCACGAGUGUGUGAUUUGCUCUUGUCAGAUUGAUUCGGUUAUAAAUUUAAUUAAUUUUUGUAUGUCAGAUUGAUUCGAUUAUAAAUUUAAUUAAUUUUCAAAUUAUAGACAGCAAAAAAAUUACAUAGCUUGUUGUAACAUGUACGAGAUGGAAAAUUUUAAUUGCCCUAAGUCUUUAACAAAAACAAAAUUUCUGAGAGUAAGCAAGGAAAACUACCAUAUUCGUUUUGUUCCAGUUUAAUAUGUAGAGGUUCGUGCACUGCCACUUGAGCACAUUUAUAUUAAUAUAAAUAUUCGUGCUCCUCCAGAAGUUGAGGGUCCGUACACGCGCGAGCUUUUACAGUCUAAAAUUCUUCGCGUUACUGACAUACGACGGGAAGACGUUAUUGCGUACCAGUUGGAGAAUAUGGGACUUUUUCGCGUGACCUAUUGAGAAGUUUUCAUUCCACAGGAUCCUAUUGGUUGUGAUGAAAUUCAAUAAUCUCAGAAGAUCGCGCAAUUACAAUUCGAUUCGGCGAUAAUACGUGAGAAGUCGCGAGAAGGCGUAGGAAGCUACCGGAUAUUCGCGAGCACCGUAAUCAAUCGUAUUGGACCGAAUAACGCGUAGGUAGGCAAAACCGAUUACUUAAACCGUGGAAAAUGUAGGUGCAAGUAAAUUUUCGAUAACAAUGCACAAGUUCUCAUCCAGGCAACGCUUCACAGCCAAAUGUUUCAACAAUAGAUCGCGCGCAUUCGCGAGGACCGGACCGCAAACUCGGAAUAUUAAACGAUAUUUGUCGCUAGUCUCCCAUGCACGCUAAGCUUGUUAAUUAUUCCCGUUUAAGAUACCGGCCGUUUAAUGAAAAAGCAAAGCCGCUGUUGGCCCGGCAUUGUUUCUUUUGCGUUCGUUCUCAUCUCGCCGUAGGGUAUAUAUUGCGACGUAUAAAGUAAACGUUUUCCAUUAUAUGAGCUUUGUAUACGAGGCGUAAUAUUUACUAAGACGUGGAAUCGCUAUUUCGUCAGUAAUUGAUUUUUACGACGCGGUAGUCGUUCAGACAAAAAGUGUUUGUCAUCCCAUCUGCUUUCUAUAGCGGAGUACAAACUCGUGAUAAAGCGUGUCGGAAAUUAUGUCCGUUGUUUAACAGACCGUGUGAAAUAAAAUUCACGGGGCACAUUCAUUCGGAGUUGAAAUAUAAAAGUACGCCCGAUGCUUCGUAUCGACCGAAGUCUAUCAAUUGAGAUUACAAAGUUGCACGAAUUUCUUUGCUCUAUUAAAUUUUUAACUUGACAAGCCCCAGCAAGGAAACUUGAGAUUUUAUUAUGCAAACAUAUCUUAGAAUUCAGCAACUUCUAAAUAAGUUUACCGAGUGCAUCACAAUUAUUCAUCACGAAUUGAAAAAAAAAACAACAUCGCUUACAAGAGAAAAGGCAAUGAGGAAAAAAGACGUACACAGAAAAUUCUUUUAAAAAGAUAGCAACUGUAGUCAUUAUACGUUAUAGCUUUUCAAUCAUUAAAGUAAAAAAAAAUUGAAAUUGAAAUCCCGUUGAAAAGGAAGUUUGAAAUGAGAAAAAGAUCAAAGUGAAAUUUAAAUCCAAAUCUUUAAAUACUUCAUUUGCUAAAAGCUCCUCAUUUUAAACGGUUUAUAAUACUAUUGAGUCUGUGUACCUUCACAAGAGUCGCCAAUUUAGAUUUAAACAAAGCAUUCGUAACAUCUCGUGCAUCAAUUUGACCGGAGCAAACCAAGUUGUUCCUACUUGGUGUAUUUUAAGGAAUAAAAGAGAUGCACGCGGGGUAUUUUGAAAAGAAAAUGUAAAUUUAGCUCUCCCCUUUUAUUUUACGGCUUAAGAGAGUUAGGGUGAAAUACAGUUUGCGGCUGGCUUCUAGCCACUUUAUAUACCCUCGAAAGCAACAGUUGGUGGGGAGUCACGCGAGCCGACAGGCGCACAAAACGCGUAUGCAGGUGCAACGAGGAAAGCUCGGGACGAGCGCCGAUGACGGGGGUGCGCGCGUGCGGGAAAGAGAAAGAAAGAGAGAGAGAGCGAGCGAGCGCGCGCGAAAGAGGGGGUGGAGGGAAUCGGAAAUCGGACGGACAUGCGUAAGAUCCGACAAUAUAGAGACGUAUAUCUCAGGAAGGCAGUCGCGUUGAAACGGCGCUCGAUGUCGGACGCGCGGAUAUGCAUGGACAGUUCCGGGCGGUCCGAUCGCAAACGCACCGAGGUGUUACGCGUAACGAGACUUGAAAGAACCGGAGCGGGCGCGACGUAAAUCCCAACGUGAGGAGCAAUUUGAAAAUUUUCGGCGCCUGAAAUUCGUUCGUGUCAACGCCGAGGGUUAUUUUGUGUCGGUCGUGCGGUACCGCGAGGCUCGAUCGGGAAAUGAUAGACGAUAAGGAUUUGUAUCGUACGCGAUAUCAGUUCCGAGGGCAGAUAUAAAAAUAUUGAUAUUUACGUGACGCAAUGUGCAGCGACAAGUGCCCGGUUAUAUCACGCGAUGUAAAGCUGCCGGGGGGAUGUCCGGAAUUUUUCAUACGGGACACAUAAUCGCGUGCCUACUUGCAAGAAUUACCAAGUCUCGUGACGUGGCCAAUAUAUUUUUAUCGCGCGAGACCUAUCGUAGAUAGUCAAAAGGUAACAUUUAACAUUUAACGCGAUCCGUACUGACGGGAUACAAAGAGCUCGUCGGGGAGUUUAUAUAACGGGAAAGAUUUAUUCCAAAUCGUUGAAGAGACCGCACGCGAAAGAGCGCGCGAAAUCUCGUAGACGGUUUACAGAAAUACGGAAAAUUUAUUCAUUGAAAAAUGUAUUAUCUCACAGUUAAUAUUCCACACAAUUAUUUACCGAGAAUGCAUUUUUCUUAACAGUGUUUAGGACAUUUUCUGCUUUUAAAAUUAAGUAAAAUUAUGUAUUCAGGCGAAAGAAAAAAAGAUUACAGAGAAACGUAGAGUUUCCCCGGACGAGUUCCUUGGUAUCUCGGGGUUAACGAAAUGCCCCACGUAUACGCGGCAAGCUUCAAGUUGAUAUCACAUUCCAUCUCAAUUUAGAACAAAGGGUUAGUGCAUAAAUCCUCGAGAAACUAAGACGCCACGAGAGACAGAUGACAGAUAAUUAAAUUCCUAUUAUCCGCGGCGCGCUAUGGAGAGAUGGUCGCUUAUCAUCGUGAUAUAAACAGGUGUAUCAUCAGCGCGGCACAUUGGGCGUCACGAUGUUUUUCACGAUAGAUCACACGCGGCGAAGUGAGCUUCCGCGAGCCGGCCGCUGUUUUCGCCGCGAGUAAGAGACGUCGGCCGGACAGUUGGCAAGUCGUUGCGCAAAUUAGCCGCGAGAAUCUCGACGGAUCCGUGCAAAUUGGGCGAGUCAACGUGACGGCGUCAAGUGGACGGGACGAGCGGCAAAAGAUUAAUCGAAUAUAAGACGAGAUACGCACGCGGCGGCGACUCUUCCGAGGAUGCCUCGUCGCGCGAACGGACAGUUCUGAGGGUCGGAAGAAGCGCAGCUGCGAGAAGAAAACUCACUUAACGGACAAUAAUCCAAGAAAUCACAAUGGAAUCGCACAGGAAUGACGACAUCAAUCGAAUCCAAAAGGUGAUGGACGAUAUACUGGAGUCGGAAUCCAAGCGUUGCGAUCUCGGAAAUGUAUUGGAACCAGGCUGGUGUCCCGAGAUUUGGGACAAGAUACUAUGCUGGAACUCGACGGCACCUGGGCAACUAGCUGUUCAGCAGUGCCCCUCUUACAUCGUGGGUUUCGACAUCGCUCAUGCAUUUGCCUCGAAGCAAUGCAUGCCGGACGGUCAAUGGUACUGGAACGCCGAAACCGAUAGCACGUGGACCAACUUCACUCAGUGCUAUCGAAACCCUCUAGUCACCGUCUUAAUGAACAUAUCGGAUGCAAACAACGCCACUCUCAUUAAGAAAUUCUUCCCAAUCGUGAAGACCAUCUCGAAACUCGGCUACUCAAUUUCGCUCUUCACUCUCAUCAUCGCAUUUUGCAUUUUGGCCACCAUCAAUUUGUCUCCCAUCGGACGUAGGAAAUUGCGAUGCCCGCGGAAUAUAUUGCACAUGCACCUGUUCGUCUCGUUCGUGAUGCGAGCAUUCAUGGCGCUACUGAAAGACAUGCUCUUCGUGUCCGGCAUCGGACUGGCGGAGGCGGUGAUCAAAGUCAACGAUGGCUUCUGGCUACUCGACGAGAAGGAGAGCAAUUGGCAAUGUAAGACGUUCACCAGUCUGUGGCAGUACUUCAUCCUGGCUAACUACUCGUGGAUCCUGAUGGAAGGUAUAUAUCUUCACAAUCUGGUCUUCCUGGCGCUUUUCACCGACUCCAAUUCCAGCAUCGCAGGCUACGUCGUUUUCGGAUGGGGUUUGCCAGCCAUAUUUAUCUUACCUUGGGUAGUUACGAGGAUCAUAUUCCAGGAUACGUACUGCUGGACGACCAACGAGAAGCCGCUCUUGUUCCUCUUCAUACGGGUGCCCACGAUGCUCUCUAUUCUGAUAAAUUUCGUGCUCUUCAUCAACAUCGUGAGAGUGCUGCUGGUGAAGCUCAAGUCCACCAUGUCGGAGGAAACGCAAAGAUACAAGCGUUGGGCUAGAAGCACGUUAGUCCUGGUGCCACUCUUUGGGGUUCACUACGCGUUCUUCAUUGGGAUGUCGUACAGCAUCGGCGUAAAUGAGACCGUAGAAGUCGUCUGGCUCUUCUGCGACCAGCUGUUCGCGUCUUUCCAGGGCUUUUUCGUGGCGGUGCUGUAUUGCUUCCUGAACGGCGAAGUGAGGGCCGAAGUAUCGAGAACACUUCGCGGAAUCAAGUGGACGCGUCUACGUGGGUUCCGAUGGGGUCCGAGACCGUCGACGCAUUCGGUCAGCACGUGCAGCUGCAACAACGUCUCGAAAUCCAGUCGUCGGAACUCAAGAAGACCCAGAUGGUGGAAGUCGCGCUGGAAGGCGCCCUCCUGUCUUUACCAGGAUCGCGCCAUUCGUCGGUCCACCCACUCGAUGGCGAGUACACAAGAUGUUGGAACGAGAGGAGGUAGUUUAGCGAGCAGCCGGGGCUACCUAGAGAUCGCGGGUAACGGCCAGCCGCCGAAGCAGCCGGCGACGCAGGAUCAUCACGCUCAUCACACAUCGCCCAUGUGCAGCAAGUACACUGAUCAAUCGCUACUCUCCUUCUGCUCGAUGUCGGAUGCGUCGGGGCCGAAUGUCGACAGGAUUCGCGACCAGCAUCGAUGGAGCGACUCCGAGUGCUGUCACCUCGAAUACGAGUUACACAAUCUGCAGCAGCAUCGCGGACACCCGUGAUAACGCCCGCAUUUCGCGGAUAGGGAAAAAAACGCGUGUGGCCUGUCCCAUAAACGUUCAACGAGCGUUUAAACGAACGCGCGUGCCGUCGUCGAAAGAGGAAGGAUAGAAUUAGAGGGAUUUCUAAAUCCCCCGCUGUAAAUUCUCGGCAGAGCAAAGAGAUGGAGAAGGAUAAAAAAAAGUUGAUUCCUUUGCCCGUUUUCUUCCUCCGUCGCGUCUUAGCGGCUUUGCAAAACGGAGAGACUGAGUCUUUUUUUUUUCUUUUAGCUGUAUCAUAUCUUUUACAGGAAUACCGUGUCAUUUGCAUAGCUGUCCGUAUCUUAAUUCGCGCGAUUUUAUGCGUAUGAUAAUGUACAGAGAGUGUUCAAUAUUUUAGUAUUUUUCAGGAUUCGUUGGAAUUUCCAACGGUCUCGCGUCGAUGUACCUCGGUGUUUCGACAUGCGCCGCCAUCCGUUACUUACACCUAAGCCCGGUUCAGCGAAAAUGCCGAACCGCUGAAAGCUCUGCGACGAUUUCCACGUGCACACAGUAUAAAUAAAUGAAAGCUGCUCGUUGAACUUUGAUACCGUAUCGUCGCCGUAUCGUCGCAAAUAGUCCGUUAUCAGCAAUCCUAUUAACAACCACGUUGUACUGCAAACACCGCGUAAACAUUAAGACACUUGCAGAUACCUCAUUUGAAAACCGUGAAAGCUCUAUUUUUACACACGGCGGAAUAGGCUCGGGAUAUCAUUUAUACUUUCGUUCAUUAUUUAUCGUGAAGAUGGUAUAAAAAAAAAAGUAUCAGUAACGCUAUUUUUUCAGCGCGUAACUUAAUAGUAUUGGAAAUCUUGUUCAACAAGUUCCUAGUUUUUAAGACUUACUACUAAAUAUAUUUAAAAAUAAUAUGUAUAUGAGAUAAUAAAUGUUGGCAAAUUUCUUGUUAAGGAAAGCGUCGAUAGCGCCGAGUGAUGAGCGUUAUCAAUUUUACGAUAAGAGCGUUUCGUUCCGAGAAUGAGCGCUCGGUUAAACAUUUUACCUCGUAAGCUCUCUCGCUACAUGUAUGUAAAUGUGUAUAUAUUUAUAUCAAGAUCGGUUAAACAAAUACUUGAUGUACACAACUUAAAUCAAUUUUAUGUUUAAAUUAUGAUACAUUAUCAUUUCAGAUAUAUUAAAGUGAAGACAGGACGAACAUAACAAAUCUUUUAUUAUCCAACUUAUGUACAGUUUUGUAGCCAGGUUUCUUUGAAAAAAACUAAUAAUUUCUCCUGUAUUUACACCAUUUAAUCGCAUUAAAAAAUAAAUACUUAUCCCUUUAUACUUUACAUAUG